AAGCCGUAGGCCUAUAGCAACUAAAAUCAAAUGCUGAUGAUUAUUAGUUACUAUUAUUUUAAAGCCACCACCCACGGCAUUACCAAAGCGUUGCCUUUGGCAGACGAAGCAGACAUUAACAGACACCACGAAGAAUAUGGCAAGCAGAGGUGUAGGAAGGGAAUCAAAGCUUCCCUUAUUAGCUGAUUCACACUCAACCAUACGAUCAAAUGACACAGAAGAAUAUGAUCACCAUGAAACACUUUCAUGGAAGAUCUGCUCCGAAUCAAAGAAGCUGUGGCACAUAGUGGGUCCAACCAUCUUCAGUCGCCUCACCUCCUACUCCAUGGUGGUCGUCACCCAAGCCUUUGCUGGCCACCUUGGCGAUCUCCAGCUUGCCGCAAUAUCCAUUGCCUACAAUGUUAUCCUUGGCUUUGAUUUUGGCCUCUUGUUGGGAAUGGCAAGUGCUUUGGAGACGCUAUGUGGGCAAGCUUUCGGAGCAAAGAAAUACGAAAUGUUGGGUGUAUAUAUGCAGCGUUCAUGGAUUGUUCUCUUCAUUUGUUGUAUUCUAAUCUUGCCUAUAUUUAUAUUUGCCUCUCCAAUCUUGAAGCUGUUGGGACAGCCUUCAGAAGUUGCAGAGUUAACUGGGGUAGUGGCUAUGUGGAUUGUCCCACUUCACUUGAGUUUUGCAUUUGUGUUUCCAUUGCAGAGGUUCUUGCAGAGCCAGCUUAAAACAGCUGUGCUUGCAUGGGUGUCUUUGGUGGCACUUGUGGUGCAUGUGAUUGUGAGUUGGUUGUUUGUGUAUGGAUUUAAGCUAGGAGUGAUUGGUACUGCUGUUACAUUGAGUUUUUCUUGGUGGGUUUUAGCGUUUGGGUUGUUGGGUUAUUGUGUGUUUGGUGGGUGUCCUCUUACUUGGUCUGGUUUCACCUUUCAAGCUUUUUUUGGUCUCUGGGAGUUCAUCAAACUCUCUGCUGCUUCUGGGGUCAUGGUAUGCUUGGAGAAUUGGUACUACAGAGUACUGAUAUUGAUGGCCGGAAACCUGAAGAAUGCAGAGGUGGCCUUGGAUGCUUUGUCUAUCUGCAUGAGCAUUAAUGGCUGGGAAAUGAUGAUUCCUCUGGCAUUUUUUGGUGCCACUGGAGUGAGGGUGGCAAACGAGCUUGGAGCUGGCAAUGGAAAAGGAGCCAAAUUUGCCGCGAUUGUGUCUGUGGCAACAUCCACUGUGAUAGGUUUUUUCUUCUGGUUAUUGAUUAUGAUUUUCAACCAUAAUUUUGCCUUAAUAUUUUCGUCUAGCCAACCCAUCCUCGAAAUGGUAGACAAGCUCAGAGUCCUCUUAGCGUUCACAAUUCUCCUCAAUAGUAUUCAACCAGUUCUCUCCGGGGUUGCUGUGGGAUCAGGGUGGCAAUCAUAUGUUGCAUACAUAAAUCUAGCUUGCUAUUAUGUGAUCGGAGUCCCCCUCGGAAUUAUGUUGGGAUGGACUUUUCACCAAGGCGUCACGGGUAUUUGGGCUGGAAUGAUCUUUGGAGGGACCGGUGUUCAAACCUUGAUAUUGGCCCUCAUUACCAUUCGAUGUGACUGGGAGAAAGAGGCAGAGAAAGCAGGCAUGCAUGUAAAGAAGUGGGCAAGCAUUAAUCAAGAAUAGUUACAAAAAGCUAUCUUUAAAUUAUCUAGCUAAUGUCAUUGGUAUGGUGUUUUUACUGCAAUCUUUUAUUGGGGUAAGUCGAGAUGUAAAAAUAAUUACUUCAUUGUAACUAAAGGAUAUGACUAGUGCAAUAAAAUCACAUUUUCAAGAAUGCAGAUUAGUAAUUGAAGGUCUGAUUCGAAAAGAA